AUGUGGGAGGUCGACCCGGAGACGCGGUCGAAGCUUCAAUCGAUCCAGAAAGAAUCCAACAACGGCCUCUGCUGCGACUGCGGCGCCCCAUCGCCACAGUGGGCGUCGCCCAAGUUCGGCAUCUUCAUCUGCCUGUCAUGUGCCGGCGUGCACCGCGGUCUGGGUGUGCACAUCUCUUUCGUACGAUCUAUCAGUAUGGACGCCUUCAAGUCGAGCGAGAUUGAGCGCAUGCGCCUCGGCGGCAACGCUGCGUGGCACGACUUUUUCGAGAACCACGCGGACACAAAGAUGCGCGGACUGGCAUGGGAUGACGCGACGAUCGCGGAGCGGUACUCGGGCGAGGUGGGUGAGGAGUGGAAGGAGCGUCUGAGCGCCAAGGUGGAUGGCCGUGAAUACGUGCCGAGCGAGCGCAAGAAGACCACAUCGUCAGCCAGUGCCCUGGCGAACAAGAACAGGCCGCGGGACAACCGUGGCAGCCUGGGGGGCAGCCGCACGGCCAGCCCAAGUCUGAGCAGUGGGACGGGAGCAGGGGUCGGGACGGCCGGCAAGAUCAAGGUGGACGAGAAAUACUUUGCUCGUCUGGGGGCAGAGAACGCGUCUCGGUCAGAGGACCUUCCUCCCAGCCAGGGCGGACGCUACGCCGGCUUCGGCAACAUGCCGGCAUCUUCAGGACGGACUAACGACUCGAGCCUGCCGGCCUUUGAAGACCUUCAGCGUGAUCCGGUGGCAGCCCUGACCAAAGGCUUUGGCUGGUUUGCCAGCACGUUGACCACCACGGCCAAGACAGUCAACUCAGAGUACAUCCAGCCGACGGCAAAACAGCUUGCCGAGUCGGAUCUGGCUGCUCAGGCCCGUGUUGUUAGCGGCAAUGUGGCGCGGUCGGCUCAACAAGGUGCGCGCACCGCCCAGGAAAGCUUCAACCGAUUUGUCGAAGGUGGUCCCGGCACCGGCGGCACUUCCCGUGGGUACAGCUACAGCCAGGUUCCGAUUGAUGAUAGCAAGCGCGACUUCUGGGACGACUUCUCAUCGAUUGCCGAGCAGCGCAAGGCCGAGUCGAGUGCUAUCGGCACGGCAGCUAUGGGCAAAGGCGGGGGCAGCAGCAGUGCUUCAGUAGGAAGCACAGCCGGGGCAAAGAGCAAGGACGAGUGGGACGACUGGUGA